AUGUCACCAUCAAAACUUAACAGACCAAUUACUGAUUCCACUCAGGUUGAGCAAAAGAUCAGAGAAGAGCUCAGUCUCAGCGAUGAGGUCAUCACUAUUAGACGCAAUGCGCCAGCAGCCAUCUUGUAUGAGGACGCUUUGAAGGAAAGAAAAACGGCAAUUUCAUCUACAGGUGCGUUGAUUGCCUACUCGGGCGAAAAAACCGGCAGAUCGCCUCGUGACAAGCGUAUUAUCGAAGAGCCUACUUCGAAGGAUGAGAUCUGGUGGGGCCCAGUGAACACACCUUGUUCCGAAAAGACUUGGUCGAUCAACCGUGAACGGGCAGCCGACUACUUGCGGACCAGGGAUCAUUUGUAUAUCGUUGAUGCAUUUGCAGGUUGGGAUCCGCGUUACAGGAUUAAAGUUCGUGUCGUUUGUGCGAGAGCGUACCACGCUACAUUCAUGACAAAUAUGUUAAUCAAACCAACUGAGGAAGAGCUGGCACAUUUUGGUGAGCCAGAUUUCACCAUUUGGAACGCUGGCCAGUUUCCUGCAAAUAUGCAAACCGAGGGUAUGACCUCCAAGACUACAAUUGAAAUCAAUUUCAAAGCAAUGGAAAUGAUCAUACUGGGUACAGAAUAUGCUGGUGAGAUGAAGAAGGGAAUUUUUACCGUGAUGUUCUAUCUGAUGCCGGUGCAUCACAACGUUCUCACUCUACACUCUUCAGCUAAUGAAGGAAUUGAAAAAAAUGAUGUCACACUGUUCUUUGGGUUAAGCGGCACAGGUAAGACAACAUUGUCAGCAGAUCCCAACCGUAAAUUGAUUGGUGACGACGAGCACUGUUGGUCAAAUCAUGGUAUUUUCAACAUUGAAGGUGGUUGCUAUGCCAAAUGUAUGGGAUUGACCAAAGAAAAAGAACCUGAAAUUUAUAGUGCUAUCAAAUAUGGAGCAAUUCUUGAGAAUGUUGUUUACGACCCAAAGACACGUGUGGUUGAUUACAACAAUUGCUCUAUAACAGAAAAUACAAGGUGCGCUUAUCCAAUUGAUUAUAUUCCAAGUGCAAAAAUACCCUGCUUGGUUGAUUCACAUCCACAAAACUUGGUCCUAUUAACUUGUGAUGCUUCGGGGGUUUUGCCGCCAGUUUCAAAAUUAUCUCCGGAACAAGUUAUGUAUCAUUUCAUUUCGGGGUACACAUCUAAGAUGGCUGGUACAGAACAAGGUAUUUCACAGCCGGAGGCCACAUUUUCUUCAUGUUUCGGGCAGCCAUUCUUGGCACUGCAUCCAAUUAAAUAUGCUACUAUGUUGGCUGCCAAAAUGUCCGAGCACCGUGCUAAUGCUUGGCUCAUUAAUACCGGAUGGACCGGUUCCUCUUACAGUUCCGGUGGCAAUAGGUGCCCAUUGAAACAUACAAGAGCAAUUCUAGAUGCCAUUCAUGAUGGAACUCUUGCAACGGAAUCGUAUGAGAGUUUACCGGUGUUCAAUCUGCAAGUUCCGAAAAAGGUUAAGGGCGUCCCUUCAGGACUACUGAACCCUUCAAAAAAUUGGGUCGACGGUGAAGCCAAAUACAAAGCAGCAGUCACAAAUUUAGGUAGAAAAUUUAUUGAGAAUUUCAAAAUUUAUGAGGACAAGGCCACUGCAACAGUUUUAGAGGCUGGACCAAAAAUAUGA